GUUUCGUUGUCUACAGCAUUUUCUGACCUUUAGUAGGCUGUGAUGUUAGUGGAGUUAAGUACAUAUGGUUCCCACAAGAUCUUGAGGUUAUACAGUGAUUUUAGUAAUGUUAGUAAAUUUUAAAGACGCUUUUACAUUAUGAGUUCAUCUGUAUUUAUUUGAGAUGUUAAUUUAGUUUUUGUUUAUUAAACGUUAUAAUUUUGUUGGUUUUAUUUUAAAAUGGGUGAUUUUCAAACCCAAGAAAAAAGUGCUUCACAAACGGCAGAAGAAUACAAAGAGAAGGCGAAUUCUUUAUUUAAAAGUCAGCAAUAUGAAGGAGCUAUUGAGUUUUACACCAAAGCUAUUGAAUUGGAUCCUAAUAAUGCUAUUUAUUACAGUAAUAGGAGCUUUGCAUAUAUGAAGACUGAAUGUUUUGGUUCAGCCUUAGCUGAUGCUACAAAAGCUGUGGAACUUCAAAAUUCUUAUGUUAAAGCAUAUUAUAGACGGGCAACCGCCUAUAUGGCAUUAGGUAAAUUUAAACUAGCUUUAAGGGAUUAUGAAGCUGUGAGUAAAGCUUGUCCAAAUGAUAAAGAUGCAAGAUUAAAAUACAAUGAGUGCAAUAAACUUAUUAAAAAGUUAGCUUUUGAAAAAGCUAUUGCUGUUAAUGAUGAAAAAAAAUCUGUUGUAGAUUCUAUUAAUUUUGAUAGUAUCACUAUAGAAGAAGAUUAUUCUGGUCCUGCACUAGAAGAUGGCAAAGUAACAGAAAAGUUUAUUGCAGAACUUAUGAAGACUUACAAAAGGCAAGGAAAAUUACACCGGAAAUAUGCAUAUAAAAUAUUAUUUGAAGUUAAAGAUUACUUUAUGAAACAACCCUCGUUAAUAGAUGUUACAAUUGGUGAUGAUGAGAAAUUCACCAUUUGUGGUGAUAUACAUGGACAAUUCUACGACCUUAUGAACAUUUUUGAGCUGAAUGGCCUUCCGUCCCCUACUAAUCCUUAUCUGUUUAAUGGUGAUUUUGUUGAUAGAGGUUCGUUUUCUGUUGAGUGUAUAUUUACAUUGUUUAGUUUUAAACUACUGUAUCCUAAUAACUUUUUUAUGUCCCGAGGAAAUCAUGAAAGCCACACAAUGAAUCAAAUGUAUGGUUUUGAAGGAGAAGUAAGGUCUAAAUAUACAGCUGAAAUGGCAGAUCUUUUUACUGAGGUUUAUAAUUGGCUUCCACUAGCCCAUUGUUUAAAUAAGCGUGUUUUGGUGAUGCAUGGAGGCUUAUUUGCAAAUGAUGGUGUUACUUUAAAUGAUAUUCGAUCAAUAGAGAGAAAUCGUCAGCCUCCUGAAGAAGGACUAAUGUGUGAUCUACUAUGGUCUGAUCCACAAAACGCCUUUGGAAGAGCUCCAAGUAAACGUGGUGUUGGCAUUCAGUUCGGCCCUGAUGUCACUAAAGCUUUUAUCGAAGCUAACAAUUUAGAUUAUAUUGUUCGAAGCCAUGAAGUGAAAAGUGAAGGUUAUGAAAAUGCUCAUGAUAAUAAGUGUAUUACUGUUUUUUCUGCACCUAACUACUGUGAUACGAUGGGGAACAAAGGUGCAUUUAUCACAUUGAAUGGGCGAGAUAUGAAACCAAAAUUUACUUCAUAUUCAGCUGUCCCACAUCCAGAUAUAAAACCAAUGGCCUAUGCCAAUCCAUUAUUGAGUCUCAUUGCUUGAGAUUUAGUCAAUCAUUUACAUAAAUAAGUUCAUCUAAAUCAAACACAUUUUUUAAAACUGUACAUUAUUAAUUAAAAAAAAUAAAGUUUUAAUAUUUAA